GCAAACUCCGUGACAGAAGUGAAUAUCAAAGAUGUAGGAGUAAAACGUGGUUUAAAUUCAGCUUUUCAUGACAAAUGGAAUCAAAACUGUGAUACUGCUGAGUGUAACGAUGAGUCGAAGAUAUAUAAUCAUCAAAGACUGAAAGCUAUUUUAUUCCAUCUGUUGUCUUCUAUUUAUUUCUCAAAAUUUUCAGGCGAGGGAGAUUUAGCACUUUCUUUCAGUGGAUGUGGAUUUUUAGGAGUAUAUCACUUUGGAGUUCUGCAUGGAUUAAAUCGCAGUGGAAAGACAUUGAUGACACGCGUAAAACGUUGUGCAGGUGCGUCUGCUGGUUCUCUUGUAGCUGCACUUUGGACUUUCCGACCUGACGACACAGAGAAAGGUUUCAAUGAUCUGAUUAAAAUGGCAAAGGAAGUUCAUGAAUUACGAUUUGGAGUAUUGUCUUCAAGUUUUGUUUUUGAUGAGAGGUUGCGUAAAGUUGUUGACUUGUAUAUCCCUGAUGAUGUUUCCAUGGCUCAAGGAAGGCUCUUCAUAUCUCUCACUAAUCAGAAGAAUAAUGUUAAUCGGAUAAUUUCGGAGUUCCCAUCAAGAGAUUAUUUAAUUGAAUGUUUGUUAGCUAGCUGUUAUAUACCAUUUUAUUCUGGAUCAAACCCCCCUUGUAUCGAUGGAGAACAAUAUAUUGAUGGGGGAUUUACGAACAAUUUGCCGAUUUUUGAAGAUAUGCAUACUGUUACCAUUUCUCCAUUUAGUGGGAGUGCAGUUAUUGCUCCAAAUGAUCAUAAUUUGAUAAACCCAAUUCGUGAAUGGCGAUUACGAAUUGGUCGCCAAGAAUUAAAGGUUAAUGUGCAGAACAUGGUGCGAGGAGCGCAAGCACUGUUUCCUCCAGAUAUCAAAAUUCUAAAAAAUUAUUAUGACAUGGGUCAACGUGAUGCAAUGAAAUUUUUGCUAGAAUUAAACAUUUUGGAACGGCAGUAUGGUGAUGCUGUUUAA